AUGGCACCUCGGGCCCUUUCUAUUUCUACUGGAUCCAAGUUGACCCUAUCCAACUCGGCCCAGGGCACAGCGCUUUUGACUUUGGUCAUCCGGAUUUUGCUGAACAUUUUGCAAAUGUUCAUACACCUACUUUUCAGGCUGGCCCUGGCUCCUAUUGUUGAUCAUUUUGGUUUUGCUACACACGAGCCCUCGAAGGAUUUGACCCACGAACCCAAUCUACCAGAUUUUCCGAAAGUUAAGCAGGGCCGACGUCGCGGUCUGCCUGUAGUGCAGGCAGAGAUACGAACCGACAAUACAUCCAUUCUCCCCGUUCCCAGCCCUUCCAUUGCCCCUCCUAACCGAAUUUACAACCCACCAUUGUCGAAAUCGUUCAUAGGAGUCUCUCUUGAAUGA